AUGAAGGACAAGCUGGGCUAUGAUGUGAGGGUAAUCAAGAAGAUCGUGGACUACACCGGCAAGAACACGGCCCAGCUGCAGCGGAAAUGGAAGUACGAUGAGUCGAUUAUCCAGCACUGGGUGGAAACCAAGUGGUCGGGGCAGUUGGUGCACAAAGACAAUGAAAAGAUUGAGCAUGAAGAAACGGGGCAGGCCGACCAGAUGCCGAGCCCUAACCUCAGCUUCGAUAACGGUGGCAACAAUGCAAAUCCGGGCCACGUUGGUGGAGGGACGUCAUCGGAUGAUCCUCGGCCGGCCCUGGAACGGGCAUGGCAUGAGAUUUUGACCAAGACCAACAAGCUUCGCGAGAAUGCCGCCUUCUUGCAAAGCUGUGACAUGAGUGAUGUUCAGAAAAGGCAUGCCGAGUCUUUGCUGAAGCACGCCGAUGCUAUGGAGCAGCACUACGACAAAAUUUCAAUGCUCAAGGCCACCUCGAACAUUCGUGUUACGGACAAGCUGAAGGAUGAGAUCGCGAUUGCCAUCGACACGGCUUCGGUUUUGUUCAAAGAAUAUGGUCUGGCUCUUGAUGUUCCCAUCUCCUAUGUGGAUGUUGGCGAUGCGAAACAGAAUCUGCCGUGGAUCAAGCCGACUGACAUGUUUGAACACCUUGCCCAGUUGGACAAACUUAACGUGUUGUACGCAGAGCAGGAGCCGAGCGUCUUGACGCAGCCCCCUGGGCCUACUUAUGGAUCCUUACAGUUCUGGGAGCGAUUUCGUCACGUGGAACCUACCAAUACAAUCCUGGAUUCUUUCUCCAGUGGUAUUUUGGUGCCAGAACGAACGAUUCCUAUGCUUGUGCACGGUGACGAAGCCCGAAGUAAGAAGCAUAUGCCUAUGAUGGUGGCGAACCUACAUGCCGUGAUUGGAUACGGCUGCAAGGCAUAUCAGCAAUGGUACAAGGACGCCCCGAUUUCGAGAGCUCAGGCGAUGGGCGUGAAUCUUAAGGGCGCCGCGGUCAAGACCCGUUUUUUGUCUUUCGUGAUGCAGAAGAAGCAUUACGGCGAGGACGGCCGUUACUUGGACCGAAUGUUUGAUGAGCUGGCCCGCAACUUGUCUGAGCUGCAGACUGUGGGCGUUUCCUUCAGGGGCGAGCGCUGGCAUUUGGCUGUGAUUGGAGCUGUGGGCGAUUGGCAGUUUUUCGCCAAAAUGGGGAAGCUCACGCGAUGCUACACCCACGUUUCGAAGCGGUCUGGGCAGCGCACGCUAGCUGGCAUUUGUCAUCUCUGCCAUGCAGGACAGCCGGGCGUCGACUGGGAAAACUUCACUAGCAACCCAUCUUGGCUACAGACCAUCGGUUGCACAGCUCCCUGGAUGACCGCUCCGCCCCUUGUCCGACGACUGCACGUCGAGACGUGCUGCCCAUCAGCAUUCAUGAAGCCUGAUUUCUGGCAUUGUUGCCAUUUAGGAGCUGGGAAACUCUUCGUGGCCAGCUCUCUGGCGGAAUGGCUACGCGUGCUGCCAGGGGCGAACAUCCCGCAGCGCUUCGCCUACAUCGACUCGAUGGCACAGGCCUUCUUGAGGCAGCGCGGGGAGAAGCUUUACUGCCGCAGCAUCACCGAGGUAUCGAUUGGAUUUGAGAGUCUCCAGAAAUGCCCGCAGGGGUCUUGGCAGAAGGCUUCGGAUACGACCCUCCUGCUUGAGUUUGUGCAACACUUCUGCGAGGCCCAUCCGCAGGAGGCGGCCCGUGAUCCCAUUCUGCAUUGGAUCUCGCAAGCUGCCCAGAACAUCAACUUGAGCAUCCGGACCCUCUAUCGGGGGGGACUGUGGCUGAAUCAACACCUUGCGCAGACGGCAUCUACGUCUGGACUGAAUUUUCUUAAAUCGUAUGGGCAUCUGGUGGCAUUGACGUUGGCGGCGGACCGGGACCGGUUCCCGGUCACGCCAAAACUACACAUGCUUCACCAUUUAUUCCUGAGCCUUCAGCAGUCGAGUGCUCGAAACGCUUGGUCGCUCAGCAUGGUUGCCACAAGCGUCCAACAGGACGAGACCUUCGUCGGGAUCCAAGGACGAGCAAGCCGUCGGGUGGGACCGACAUACACUGCGCUUCGCACCUUGCAGCGCUACCUCGCGGAUGCGGCGGAGCAUCUGACGCCAGAAUUUCGAGUGGCGUGA